GGAAAGCGGCUGCUUCACUUAAUUUGAUCAUUUCUCUCCGACAGACGCAUCCGAGGUCAGAGAUCGAGCCCCUAAUUCUCCGCUGGACUGUAAGACGUCUCAUUUUAUUAAGGAGGAAUCCGCCUCAUGUGAAGAGACAGACAUUUGUGACCCGGCGGAGUCUCCACAGACAGAGCUCACAUCGACUCGUAAUGAGGACGGAUCCCCCUCAGAUGAAGAUGGAAAUGUCUCAGCCCCCGAUACACGCAUAGACCUCGAAGGGGUGGACUAUAUGUCUGUCUACGUAAAAGAGGAAUACAUUUCAGAUGCUUAUUGUAUCCCAACUGAACACAAGGAAUCUACUCCUACUGAUAAAACCCAAACCGGUAACACACAUUUUCAGUGUGAAACACCCCCCGAUGAGGGUACAUAUAGCUGCCCCGAGUGUCAGGAACGGUUUACCAGUGACUCCGAUCUUCUUCUACAUCAGACCAUCCAUAAUAGAUCGGCGGUCUCCUCUCUGGGCCGUGAGAAAAGUUCUAACUCUCAGCACGUUAGGGAUCAGCGUAUUCACACAGACGAGAAGCCUUAUUCCUGUCCUGAGUGCGGGAAAAGUUUCAAACGGAAGUUGGAUUUUGUACACCACCAGCGGACUCACACGGGUGAAAAACAAUUUCCGUGUUCUGAGUGCGGGAAACUUUUUAGCAGGAACUGGGACCUUGUUCAGCACGUUAGGAUUCACACCGGGGAGAAGCCUUAUUCCUGUCCCCACUGCCCGAAACGUUUUAGGAGGAGCAAUCACCGCGCUCAACAUCUCUUAAAUCACACCGGGGAGGAGCCUUUUUCGUGUUCUGAAUGCGGGAAACGUUUCAAGCUUUACUCGGCUCUCACCCGCCACCAGCGGAGUCACACAGGAGAAAAACAGUUUCCCUGUUCUGAGUGCGGGAAACGUUUCAGCAGGAACUGGGACCUUGUUCAGCACAUUAGGACUCACACCGGGGAGAAGCCGUAUUCCUGUCCCCACUGCGGGAAACGUUUUAAGAGGAGCAAUCACCGCGCUCGACAUCUCAGAAUUCACUCCGGGGAAAAUCCUUUGUCGUGUUCUGAAUGCGGGAAAUGUUUUAAACAAAGGUCGGAUUGUGUAGCCCACCAGCGGACUCACACGGGGGAGAAGCCUUAUUCCUGUUCUGAGUGCGGGAAACGUUUUAGCAGUAAUUGGCACCUUGUUCAACAUCUCAGAAUUCACACCGGAGAGAGGCCUUUUUCGUGCUCCAAGUGUGGGAAAUGUUUCACACAAUACUCCAAUUUCACCUACCACCAGCGGAUUCACUCGGGAGAAAAACCAUUUAUGUGUUCCAAGUGUGGAAAAUGUUUUAUCAGUAACUCAAACCUUGGUCGACAUCUCAGAAUUCACACCGAAGAGAAGCCUUAUUCUUGUUCACAAUGUGGGAAAUAUUUCAAACAAAAGUCAUAUUUUGUACGCCACCAGCAGACUCACACGGGUGAAAAACCAUUUAAGUGUUCUGAGUGCGGGAAAUGUUUUAUUAGCAAGUCAAGUCUUGGUCGGCAUCUCUUAAUUCACACCGGGGAGAAGCGUUAUUCCUGUUCUGAGUGCGGGAAAUGUUUCGCACGGUCAUCAGACUUCGCCCUCCACCGGCGCAGUCACACAGGAGAGAAACCAUUUCCAUGUAACGAGUGCGGGAAAUGUUUUACCCGUAAGGCAAGCCUUGCCCGACAUCUAAGAAGUCACACGGGGGAGAAGCCUUAUUCCUGUCCCGAGUGCGGGAAAUGUUUUGCACACUCCUCAGAUAUUUCCCUCCACCAGCGGACUCACACGGGAGAGAAACCGUUUCCGUGUUCUGUGUGCGGAAAAUGCUUCACCUGUAACUCGAACCGUCGUAAACAUCUUAGCGUUCAUGGCCGGAAGAAGCCGUACAAGUGCUUGGACUGUGACAAAUGCUUUAGCACUAAAACGAAUCUCAGCAAGCACCAGAGCGCACACACAAGCUAGAAACUGUUUACAAAUGGUAAAGAAGUGUUUUUAUAGCAACAACCCCUUCUUAAUCCACCAAUCACU